CUUAUUAAAGAUAUUUUUUAUUUUUUUUUGCAUUGAGCACUUUAGUUUCAGAUCUGAAGUUGGAUCUAUGUCCGUGACUCUAUUCAUUGUGAAGUUAAAGCUUUAGCACUUACUGUAUACAAACACGUAGGAGGAUAAACCCUAAUAUCUUCCUUUUUCAGGUUUUUCAGAGACUAUGCUUCUGAGCUUAUAUUUCAAGAUUUGUUGAAGUUUUUGGUGAAUGAAUAGUUUGAAGUAAUUCCUGCACAAUUUGGAAUUCUGGGUUCUGUUUAGAAUUUCAUUUUUUCCAUAAAGUUUGGAUUUUUAAUAACUGAGGGUAUAGUAGAGAAAGAUGGCUGGUGAGUGGUUUUGUAAGAAUGAAGAAGACAAGGCUAUGUUGGAAUCUGUAUUGGGUAAUGAAGCUUUUGCAUUUUUUAGCUCAGCAGUUAGUAAACAUGUAUUUUCGGAUGUUAUUGUUCCGCCGAAUCUUGACGUGACUAUCCACCAAAGGUUGUGUCACAUUGUUAAGGGUUCCAAGUGGAACUACGCGAUUUUGUGGCAGGUUGCCGGUUUGAAAUCCGGUGGCUAUGUGUUGAAAUAUGGUGAGGGACACUGUCAGGAUCCCAAAGGGGGUCCAAGGAAUGAGCAGGAAAGGGAGAAAGAUGAUGUUAGGAGGAAGGUUUUGGGGAGGAUUCAUGGUUGCUGGGGUGGAUCUAGCUCAGUUGAGAAUAUUUAUAAGAAAUUGGACAGUGUUUCGGAUUUGUAUAUGCUUUACUUGACCUCUGUCUAUUAUGUGUUUGGUUUUAAUUCUCAGUAUGGUCCUGGAAAUUCUUUUAAGUGUGCUAAACCAAGUUGGUCUUCUGAUGCUGGUAGUUGUUUAAAUCAGUAUGAAUCGAGGUCGUUUCUGGCUAAAUCGGCUGGUUUUCAAAGUGUUGCUUUUGUACCUCUUAAAGCCGGGGUUAUAGAGCUUGGUUCGACGGAGAUGGUGCCUGAAGAGCAAGGUUUUUUGGAUAUGGUUAAGGCAACUUUUGGAGAAUCUAUCUCUGGACAGGCUAAGGUUGCUCCGAAGAUUUUUGGGCACGAGUUAAGCUUGGGGGAUACAAAAUCUCAGUCCAUAACUAUUAGUUUCUCCCCGAAAGUGGAAGAUGAUUCUGGUUUCACUUCCGACUCUUACGAAGUACAAGCGCUUGGAGCAAACCAUGCUUAUGGUAAUUCUUCCAAUGGGGGUGUAGGAGACAGUAACGAGGCAAAAAAGUACCCUCAGUUAGGUCAAAUGAUUCCUGGGAAUUUUACUUCUCAAGCAAGAGUUUCUUCUAUUGAUUUGGGUAAUGAAGACUCCUCCUCGCCUCUUGGAGAAGAGCGGAAGCCUAGAAAAAGAGGGAGAAAGCCUGCCAACGGACGAGAGGAACCACUGAAUCAUGUUGAAGCGGAGAGGCAAAGACGGGAGAAGCUUAACCAGAGAUUUUACGCCUUAAGAGCUGUUGUUCCUAACAUUUCUAAAAUGGACAAGGCUUCUCUUCUUGGCGAUGCUAUUACCCAUAUCACUGAUCUCCAGAAGAAGAUCAAGCUUAUGGAAACCGAAAAAAACAUGGCUGACAAUAAGGGCCAGCAAUUGCCAUUGCAAGAUAUUGAUUUUCAGGCUCGACAGGAUGAUGCAGUUGUUAGAGUUAGCUGCCCCAUGGAUAUCCACCCGGUUUCUGGAAUUGUUAAAGUGUUCAGAGAGCAUCAAAUUGUAGCUCAAGAGGCCAAUGUUUCAACUUCCCAGGAUAAAGUAAUUCAUACAUUCUCUAUCAGAACUCAAGGAGGGGAAGCAUCUGCUAUACAGUUGAAAGAAAAGCUUGAAGCAUCUUUAGCCAAAAAUUAAAGGUGAAAGUAUAGUUAUUAACUUAUGAUGUAGUGUAUAUCUCAAUGCAAACUAUGGAUGUAUGUAUGGUUGUUCACAUGUCAGUGUUUCUAGGAAACUUUUUUAUUAUAUAUUCUAAAUUGUAAGAUAUGGAGGUAGAAAUCUUUUUGAACUUCUCAAAAGGCCAAAAUGAUUAAUAUGUCUUUGAUUAUCUCUGAGCAAAUGCAUGAUUUGAACUUGAAUUCAAUGCAAUAUACUAUGAACUUGUGAGGUAUAACUAUAUAAAAUGGUAUAUCAUUGUAGCA